UGAGAGUGGUUUUGAGUGUUUGGCAGGUUAAAUUUAGCCUAUUGAUGUAAGCUGCAUUCCAUUCACAACAGACACAGAGACACACUCACAGUUUGGCUUUAGUGUCCAGGAGUGUGAAGAUCAGGGAAGAUCAAACUACCGACUGUAGGUUGACCCCUGAGCCUCCGUGUCCCCCCUUCAAGGAUACAGGUUGCACACUAGGGAUACCAUCACAGUAUUCCUGAGCUCUGCCAACCUUGCCAAAGCCACAAUGUCACAAUUCUGUACAAUGCCAAUUGGACAGAGGAAGAAGUGUGCAGCAGCUAUUUGCCAAGAGAUCCAUGGUACCAAUGGGGACAUAAUGGAUCUGGGAAAGAAACUCAGCACUCCUAAAGACAUUAUGUUGGAGGAGUUAUCGUUGCUUUCCAACAGAGGUUCACGGCUUUUCAAGAUGCGCCAGAGGAGAUCUGAAAAAUAUACAUUUGAAAGUAUCCAAAAUGAGGCAAAUGCACAGCUAAAUAAUGAUAUUUUAACUGAGAAUACACACACUGUGGAAAUUAAAGUGGAUCCACCAGCUGAUGGAAAUGCUGCUAAUCAAGAAAACACUGCUUCAGCUCCAGAGAAUGCAUCAGCUAUGCUUAAGUCCUACCACUCCCCGUGGGAACAGGCAAUCCUCAGUGACCCUGACCUCGCUGAAUCCCUCAAACUGACAAUGCCAGCACCAGACCCACGUCCAGAUCUCCCUGAGUACAGAUGCUUUAACCGGGUGGCUACUCCUUUUGGUGGCUUUGACAAAGCUCCCAGAGGAAUCACAUUCAAGCUCCCAGAGGUAGACCUGAACCCGCCCAGUUACCCAGAACUACAGGACCCAGGCGUGAAACGGCCCACCUUCAACAGGACAGCCCAGGGAUGGAUAUCUGAGGGCACCCAUCUGAUCCUACCCACGAUUACCUUGGAGCCCAUCAAAGUCCCAGAGUCUGAUGACCUGUAGAUGCAGCAGUAGAAUCCAGCAACAUGGUGUUGGCUGUGGGCUAUAGUGUGUUGGCCCUGCCUGUGAUGACGGCAAAACAGUCAAUUAGUAGCUCAGUCACGAUUCCUUCCCCCCAUUUUCAUUUCUUGCCAGUGGACACAAAAUGUUUAAUGCAGUUGUUGGCUAGAGUGUUUUGUGUACACUGAAAUUGUAUUCAAAGGAAAAUCAUGUAAAUAACAAAAUGAAUUUGCUAUGCAUAAUUCAAAAAGUCUAAGAGUUUCAACUGAUACUGAAAGCAAAACUGUAACUUUUAUAAAUGGUCAAUGAACUGAUGAAUAUGUAAUGUAAAUAAAGAAUGAAACGUAUUUAUUGGUGGCACAAAACUGGAACAUGCAGUAAAUCACGUUUAGUUAUUAUUGGUAAGUAUUUCAAGUCUAUAUAGUGUAAAAAUUGAUGUUAUAGAAAAACAAACUGAAAUUGUUCAUUGCUUUUUAUCUAUCAUCAUAUAUAAUAUAUAAUCCAACGAAAAAAAUCAUUCAGUGUGAUAAACAAAGAUUAUGCUUUUAAAAUUAAGCCACCAAUUAACUUCAUACAAACACUCAUUUUUUAGAAAAUACAUUUUAAUUCUUACAUGAAUACAAAAUGGAUGUAGUCAUGCUGAAGAAAAAAAUGUCAAAGUUUGUUCUGUGUUGUUUCUAGGAGCAGAUCAAGUAAAAACUUUAUGUAACUUUAUGAUGUCAAAACCUAUGGUGGUAAUACUGUGAAUGAUUGCAAAAUUCACUGAAUGUCUGCAAGUGAUAUUUGAUGUUUCUGCUGUACUUUAGUGUAUUUCACCUCUAAACAGUUUAAGUGUAUUGCCUUCUUCUGCAUACAUACAUACAUAUAUUACAUGCUGUAUAUUGUAUGUUUAACAACUAAUUUAACUCACAUCAUCCUUAUGCAUCUGAAUGUGACUGCCCAUACGCCCUGGAUUAAGGAACAAUUUACAAAAUCUGCUUUUCAGACAGCUGGGAAACAAGAGAGGGAAAUGUAGGAGAGAACAUUCUGGCAGGAUUGAAUUCAAGGCCAGUGGGAUCUUAUGAGUCAACUUAAAACAUGCAUAUCAUUUCUCCAAAACCUCAGUAAGCCAAAGAAUUCACAAAGAAUGAUAUGUGGGCAAUCCAUCAAGUGAGAUGUGCAAAAGUGAUUUGAUUUUUUCAGCUGUUUAAUUCUGUAUCAUUUUAAAUGCAUUAAUACAGUUAAUAAGUAAGCGCAUUUGUGAUUUUUUUUCUUUUUCUUUUUUUUUUUUACCCACGCCUAAAAGAUGUGAGAAAUUCUCAGCAGUUGAUUACAUUGUUCCCUGACUUUUAUCAUAACUUAACAACAAAUGUGGGUGAUGUUUAAAUUUCAUGGCCGAGUAUCUAUACAGUGGACGGUAUGUGACACUGACAUCCACAUCUUGUCUUAUACAGAAGGUUAACUGUAAGUUGGUAGUACAAAAAAACAAAUAAUGAUAGAAGUAACUGAAAUAAAUCUACUGAAUAAACUCAAAA